GGUACAGUCAGUCAGAACGCAGAGGUGAAAGCUCAGCGUGACAGUGUGUGUGAUCUCUCCGCUCCUCUGUGAGAGAACAUGGGACAAAUUUGGGUAUCCGAGAGCAUUUACCGCACAAGCAAUCAUAUCCAGCGGCUCGGAUUCUCGUGUAAUAAUCCUUCACCUUCCGCAGCCUGAUAACGCGCAUAGAUCCCGAGACGCGACGCGUGAACCUUCAGCAAUCUUUGUUAUUCAGAGGGAAACAGAGAAAGGGAGCCGUGACGCGCUAGCAUCGACUGCUCAAGCUAACUCAAGCGCGACUGUGGAUGUCCUUCUUGAUUCAGCCUAACGUUUCUUUCUCUCAUUUCACCAGGAAUAUGUUGAAAUCGUGAGGAGCUUAUGCUGGACUAGAGAAUUAUGGUAUAAAAUCAAUGUUUUGCGCCUGUUGUUGACUCGCUAGGCUCAUAGCUAGUAGCGUUAGCCGAUGCUGUGUUACUACAUCUGAACAACGGCUCAUCUUAAUUGGGUUUUAAUCAGUUUUACGAUAACAAAUAUACAUUCUUGUUAGUAAUUUUGUCAUAACCGUGCAGGUGGUUUCUAGAUAAGAUUGUAAUGAGAUUAUUUCUUUGUGUUGACAGCUUGGCAGGCGCAUGCUAACAAUGCACUAGCUCGAUAGCUCAGUUGCUUUUCUAUCAUAGCAAUAACUUGCCACGAUGAGGUAAAUGUUUUGUUUUUACGUGUUCUUUUCAUUUUGUAUCAUUAACGACGAUUUGAGCUCGUGUGAAGAAAUGUAAACAACCUAGCGGUUCAGUUUGCCAGCCAUUGAAGCAUCUGUACACUGAUAUUAUUUUAAGACUGGAAGAGUGAAUACGACUGGAUAUUUUAAAGACUAAACGCUUCUGGGUCUGGACUGGAAGGGAGGGAAAUGGUUUGAUUUGGUCUGUCUGCAGAUUUGGCCUUGCACCCUUUCAAAGAUAGACCUGACACAAGAGACUCAUAGACCCCCAGAGCUCUGGAGGAAUCAGAGAGGGACACACACAGUUGUCUCCUAUUCUUUGCUCUGGCUCUGAUGUGAGCAAUCAUGGGCGCCCAGGGCAGCCCUGUGAAGAGCUACGACUACCUGCUCAAGUUCCUCCUGGUGGGAGAUAGCGAUGUGGGGAAAGGAGAGAUCCUGGACAGCCUUCAAGACGGUUCUGCUGAGUCUCCAUAUGCCUACAGCAGCGGAAUCGACUACAAGACCACCACGAUCCUGUUGGAUGGGCGGAGAGUGAAACUAGAGCUUUGGGACACUUCGGGACAAGGCAGGUUCUGCACCAUUUUCCGGUCGUACUCCAGGGGAGCACAGGGGAUCCUGUUGGUGUAUGACAUCACCAACCGCUGGUCGUUUGACGGGAUAGACCGCUGGAUCAGGGAGAUUGAUGAGCACGCACCUGGUGUACCCCGUAUUCUUGUGGGUAACCGGCUGCACCUGGCGUUCAAGCGACAGGUCCCCACAGAACAGGCACGGGCGUAUGCAGAAAAGAACGGCAUGACGUUUUUCGAAGUGAGCCCUCUCUGCAACUUUAAUGUCAUCGAGUCGUUUACAGAGCUGUCGCGUAUUGUGCUGAUGAGGCAUGGCAUGGAGAAGUUCUGGAGACCCAACAGAGUAUUCAGUCUGCAGGACUUGUGCUGCCGUGCCAUUGUGUCCUGCACCCCUGUGCACCUAAUCGAUAAGCUGCCGCUUCCUGUGGCCAUCAAGAGCCAUCUGAAGUCAUUCUCCAUGGCGAAUGGCAUGAACGCCGUCAUGAUGCACGGACGGUCCUACUCACUAGCCAACGCCGCCGGAGGCAGCAAAGGCAACAGCCUCAAACGCUCAAAAUCCAUCCGGCCGCCUCAGAGUCCGCCACAGAACUGCACCAGGAACAACUGUAAGAUCUCCUAGCCUCUGGGCACAGGGGCGGGGCCGCCCCCCUCCCUUCCCUUACAUAACACUCAGGUGCACAUGGACAAACACACAAGGAAACCGACACGGGGCUGGGCCGAUGACGCGACAGAGGUGUGGUGCCUCCCGGUGUGUGGAAAGCAGGAUGUGAACACUUCCUGCCACCACAGACGGCUAUAUUUCUCCCCUCACAUUGCUGCAGUACAGUUGAUUCCUCACUCACAGGUCGUGAAUGAAAACAAACCCAUCAUCAGACUCUGAUUUUGUUGCAGUGGCCACCGACAGCAUGUUUCCUACCGCGCUAGCGCCCUCUGCUGGAGAGUUCAUGCCACUCUAACCCUGCGUUGGCUGAGAGGCCUCCUUUUGAAGUUGUUUUGUGGGCUUAUAAUACGCUUUGGUUGUUCUCUCUUUUGCUCAUACUCAUUAUGCUCAGUGCUCUGCAUAUGGUGUUCCUCUUUUUUGCUCUUUGUAGGGACCUGUUCUCCCUGCAAAAACUGAAGUACCUCGGUCACAUGGUCUUGCAUGCUUACCAACAAUGAGAAGAGGGAUGAUGCGAAAUGACAUGUAGUGCUUAAGUAUGAACUGAUGUAUUAAAAAUGGGAUUUGCACUGCAAAUUGGUGGUCUCUGAAUUUGCUGGUCGUUUGCACAAUGACUGUGUUGUUGAAUGUGGACUGUGGGACCACUAGGCUGAGAGCGACGGCACAAGCAUUUCCAGGCACCUUCUGUUCACAAUCUUUCCUCGCUGAAGAUCCAGAAAAUGCCGUUGUUGGGUCGGAACUGUCUUCUCCUUAAACACGGAUUACAGGAAAUUUCUCCUCAGGGGACAGUAUUGGCAAAGGUUUUUUUUUGUCUUUGUUUACUCUCGGCUUCUCCUCGCUUUCUCUGUUUUGCUUUUUCCUGCAUGUCUUGUGGGAUUAUUUGUCAUAUUUACAAUAGUUUUAAGCUUAUACUGUACUUGCCUCUCUUCUCAUGUCCAGAAUUCAGUACCACAACUGCCUUGCAGCCCGAUUUUCUCACUCAAACCCACACAUUUCAGUACUUUCCCAUUAUACUUUCUGUGCAGUUACAAGUUUCCACCCUUUUCCGGCUAAAAUGCACGAUGUUUUCAAAGUUUUCAGUGUUGCAGCAUGAGUUCAAAAGUCAGGUUUUUUAUUUAAUCUGCAUAUACAGCAUGGCUUCUCUAUAGAUGUAUGUCAGAAUGAAGGAUAAUAAUAAACCCAUUCAAGCUUGCUUCUAAAUAUCAAGCACAAACAAAACAAGUGGAAUCUACAGCACUUCCUUUUGCUUCUCCCAACGCAU